GCACAGUCAGUUCUUGUGAAAAAAAUAGCUCUUUUCCUCCAACCACAACACCACCCUUCACCCAAAAAACAUAAAAAGAGAACUAAUUUCUAUCGUAUUCUAUCUUAUACUAUAUGAUUUGCGAGAACUGAUAUUUUCUUGAAUCUUUUUGGAGGAAAAGAAGCAGAAGAAAAUCUUCAGGUCUCUUAAGUCUAUUCUGAUAAGUAAUAAGUAGGUGUUUAUAGCAAUAUAUAUAUAUAUAUAGUCGAAAUCAUGAAAGUGAGGAAUGAGAAAUUGAUGAAUGAUUUCUGGCUAAGGCCAGGUUUCCAAAAGAAUUCAGUGGUGGGAGCCAAAUGGAAAUAUCUGAAAAAGAAAGCUAUAUCAUUGCUGCUUUUCUUCUUUCUACUUGCAGUUUCUAUCUCGUCCUUGGCUGGAUGGUUUGAUCUUGCAAAAUAUACUGGUCAUUCCUAUCAAAAAGCAGAAGGCCCAAUAAUUCAACCCCAAAUUCUUGAAUUCCCUUUGGAUUGUGGUGCAUGGAAUCAGUCCAAUACAUGUCCAAGAAACUAUCCUAAAUCCUAUAAACCCUUAAACCCUAAUAGCUCAACGUGUCCUGAGUAUUUUAGAUGGAUUUACGAAGAUUUAAAGCCUUGGAAAGAGACAGGAAUUACUAGGGAAAUGGUGGAGAAAGCCAAAAGGCAUGCACAUUUCAGAUUAAUUAUAUUGGAUGGAAAUAUUUAUGUUGAGAAAUACAAUACAAAGAGAUUUAUUCAGACUAGACAUUUGUACACAAUGUAUGGGAUUAUACAACUCCUAAGGUGGUAUCCUGGAAAAUUGCCUAAUUUGGAGAUCAUGUUUGACACCGAUGACCGGCCGGUUAUCCGAUCAAAGGACUACCGGCAACCUAACUCCGGUCCUCCGCCGUUGUUUCGCUACUGUUCAGAUUGGCAUAGUUUGGAUAUUGUCUUCCCAGAUUGGUCAUUUUGGGGCUGGGCAGAGACAAAUAUAAAGCCAUGGAGAAGUGUGAUUAAGGACAUAAAACAAGGUAACGAAAUAACCAAAUGGAAGGAUAGAGUACCCUUUGCUUAUUGGAAGGGAAAUCCCCAUGUUUCUCCCAUCAGAAAAGAUCUAAUCAAGUGUAAUGUUACUGACAAACAGAAUUUUAAUACUCUCUUAUACGUCCAGGACUGGAAUGAUCAAUCCAAAAAGGGGUUCAAGGAAUCAAAUAUAGGAAAUCAGUGCACCCAUAGAUAUAAAAUAUAUGUAGAAGGAUGGGCAUGGUCAGUGAGUGAAAAAUACAUUUUGGCCUGCGAUUCACCAACAUUGUACAUAAAACCUCGUUACCAUGAUUUCUUCAUGAGAGGGAUGAUUCCUCAGCAACAUUAUUGGCCUAUUAGAGAUAAUGAUAAAUGUAGGUCCCUCAAGUUUGCUGUUCAAUGGGGUAAUAAUAACAUUGACAAGGCAGAGGCGAUAGGGAAGGCAGGAAGUAAUUUUAUUCACGAAGAUAUGAAGAUGGAAUAUGUGUUUGAUUACAUGUUCCAUUUACUGAAUGAAUAUGCAAAGCUGCUCAAGUUUGAACCAGAAAUUCCAGCAGAAGCAGUUGAAAUAUGUUCAGAAUCAUUGGCAUGCACUUCAGAAGGUAUUUGGAAAAAGUUCAUGGAAGAAGGCUUAGAGAAAUCUCCUAGUUAUACAAAUCCAUGCACUCUUCCUCCACCUUAUGAACCUCAAGAAAUUAAAUCUUUUGUUGAACAAAAGAUAAAAGCCACGCAACAAGUGGAGGUUUGGGAGGAUAAAUAUUGGAACAAGAAGCAAUAGGGCGGGGUCGAGCGUUAUCUCACUUGGUGAACUCCGUUUCCACAGUUGAGGUAGAGGGUUCAAAUCCCGUUACUGGCGUAACAUCCCUUUCUCCUUGACCCCGCACCUCCCCCGAUGUAAUAAACAAAAUUUAAAAGGAAAAAAAAAAGUAACAGGGCCCUUUAAAUUUUUGCAACUUAAUUUCUUUCCUUUGCUUAUGUAUAUUGAUUGCAAUUGUAUUAGAAAUUACCUCAAUGUAUUGUUAUGUAGACCUU